AGGCGAUCGGCGCCCAGCCACGGUCCGGCGAGGACUCGGGAGUGGAGGACUCAAGGCCAGGAGGCGACUUCAGACUGCCUGCGGUCGGGGACGACGUGCGUCCCCUAGUACUGCGGGACCGGCAGGGCAGGUCAGCUAAGGGGUGAGAGUGUAGGGGCGGAGCCAACCCGGAAGGCCACGCCCUCCCCCAAGCUCCACCCAGGGAGGAGCUACACCAACGGGAGCCUGUCCCUUUAAAUGUCCUGGAAGAGGCUUCUGGGCAUGCGCACUGUGUCACUCGGAGGACCACUUUCUCUCGGAAGCCAGGCACCGUUAAGAAUGGAAGAAGACACAGAUAGUGGCAUCAGGUUUAACUCUUUGUGUUUCAUCAACGAUCACGUUGGCUUUCAGGGCAGUGUAAAAACCUCACCCAGUGACUUCAUUGUUAUCGAGAUCGAUGAACAGGGACAGCUAGUCAGUAAGGCCGCUGAUGAAUCUCUAUAUGACAUUAGUAAAAUACAACCUGAACCGAGUAAUUUUGCUAAAAAGCCAAAUCUAAAUAUUCAGAAUGGACCUUUAGAACGUGAAAAUAAUGAAGAAGCUUCUAACUUGCCUGGGUGCUCGGAUGGUGACCGGAUCCAGCCUGGGUGCUCGGAUGGUGACCGGAUCCAGCCUGGGUGCUCGGAUGGUGACAGGAUCCAGCCUGGGUGCUCGAAUGGUGAGCAGAACCAGCCUGGGCGCUCGGAUGGUGACCGGAUCCAGCCUGGGUGCACUGAUGGUGACCGGAUCCAGCCUGGGUGCACUGAUGGUGACCAGAGCCAUCAGUCUGACUCAGAAAAAGAAAACAGUGUCAACGGUGUGACUUCUAAAUGUGAAGAAGAAAGUGUUGAUUUAUUAAGUUCACUUUUAGAUGAAAAAACUCACACAUUGCUGGAUCAGUUUGCCCAUGACGUCAAAGGGAUGUGGAAUUCACAAACUGGAUUAAUUGAACCAUCUCCUGAAUUGUCUCUAGGCAGGAUCCUUGACAAAAGCCACAGGGCUGUUCUACACAGUGCUGUUAGACAGGCAUUCCCUUUUUUGAUAACCACAGGAAACAACAGUGAAGUUGUCGUAAAGCCGAACCUUGAGUAUAAAGAACUCUGCCAUUUGGUGUCUGAAGAAGAAGCUUGUGGCUUUUUCAAAUAUUUGGAUGCAAAGAAAGAAAACUCCAAGUUUACCUUUAAACCGGAUCCAAACAAGGAUCACAGGAAGGCCGUGCACCAUUUUCUCAACAAGAAGUUCGGAAACGUGGUGGAAACCAAGUCUUUUCCUGGGCAGUGCCACAGUGCUGGGAACCCAAACCCAAACCCAGCCAUAACCGUGAGAUUCCGGGAGAAAGCACGUGGGAAGAGGUCUUAUCCGGAAUGUGAGAGAAGAAAAGCUGUGUAUACAGCUUUUACCCUACAAAAGGAAAAUCUGGAGAUGUUCGAAGCAAUUGGUUUUCUAGCCAUCAAACUUGGUGUUAUUCCUUCGGAUUUCAGUUACGCGGGCCUUAAAGACAAGAGAGCAAUCACCUAUCAAUCAAUGGUUGUUAGAAAAGUGACUCCGGAGAGGUUGAAAGAUAUUGAAGAAGAAAUUAAGAAGAAGAGAAUGAAUGUGUUUAAUAUUCGGUCUGUAGGCGAUUCUCUCAGACUUGGUCAGCUCAAAGGAAAUCACUUUGAAAUCAUCAUCAGAAAUCUAAGAAAUCAACUAAAUGAUUCUGCAAACCUGAGAGAGAGAAUUUUGGAGGCAGUCGAAAAUGUUAAAAAUAAAGGUUUUGUGAACUACUAUGGACCACAGAGAUUUGGGAAAGGAAAGAAAGUGCAAACAGACCGAAUUGGAUUGGCUCUACUGAAGAAUGAAAUGGUGAAGGCCAUAAAAUUAUUUCUUACACCAGAAGACGUGGAUGAUCCUGUCAAUAACGCAAAGAAAUACUUUCUCCAAACUGAGGAUGCUAAAGGCACCCUUUCACGAAUGCCUGAGUUCCGGGUUCGAGAGCGGGCACUGCUGGAGUCAUUGCAUCGCUUUGGCAUGACAGAGGAAGGCUGCGUCCAGGCCUGGUUCUCCUUCCCUCAUUCCAUGCGCAUAUUCUACAUCCACGCAUACAGUAGCAGGAUUUGGAAUGAGGCAGCAUCUUACAGACUGGCAGCCUACGGACCCAAGGUGGUGGAGGGGGACCUGAUCUGCUUGGAUGAAGAUGUGGGCGAGCAUUUCCCAAGCAGUAAAGUUCAUCUGGUGACCAAAGAAGAGGAAGCAGCCAACACAUAUGCACUGCACCAGGUGGUUCUGCCUGUGCUUGGAUACAACGUUCAGUACCCGAAGAACCACGUAGGGCGGUGGUACCAAGGAGCCCUCAGCAGGGACGGACUGCAGGCCUGUAGGUUCAGGGUGCCCGCCCUGAAGCUGAACGUACCCGGAUGCUACAGGCACAUCGUGAAACACCCCCACAACAUGUCACACCGACUAGACCGUCCUGACGCCGCCGAGGCCCGAGGGGAAGGUCCCCACACCGAUGAGACAGUCUCAGCACUGUCCUUGUCCUUCGACCUCGACGCCUCGUGUUACGCUACCAUUUGUCUGAGGGAAAUGAUGAAGGGCGACAUUUAAACCCACUCCCUGAUGUGGCCGCGUGCACCCCAUUCGGAAGCAAGGGUAGUUGUGGUUCCUAGGGUUGCCCGGUUGCAGCUCCUCAGUUUCCACAGUAUCCUGAGAGGUCGGGGUGUGAUGUAUGAACGUAAGCAUUGGUGUCUAGGAGCUAUAUGACCGUGGUCUUUAAGGUGAUGCUUUGGCAAGUUUUGCUCCGGUCAUGAAAGUUCCAUGUCUUUGGAGCACGUCUCUGAGCACUGGCUGCUGCGCAUCACUAAUGAAAGGUGGAGAGAGAGAACACCGUCAUCCUCGCUGCUUAGAAAGGUAAAGUCAGGUGAUAAUGAAACCGUGGUACAUUUCUCCAUCACUGCCACCCUUUCCAGUGCGAAGUGGCUGGUGUAACACCGUGCAAGGACAAGGUCUGUUCCCAUAAUGUAUUUAUGGGAUCAUCUUUGAGGAAGACUGAAGACUUUAAUUAAAAAUUUCUAUACUAGUUUUUUUUAACCUGUUCCCUUCUUUUUGUUUGUUUGUUUGUUUUGUUUUGUUUUGUUUGAGACAGGGUUUCUCUGUGUAGCCCUGGCUGUCCUGGAACUCACUCUGUAGACCAGGCUGGCCUCAAACUCAGAAAUCUGCCUGCCUCUGCCUCCCAAGUGCUGGGAUUAAAGGCAUGUGCCACCACCGCCCCCGGCCUCCCCUAACUUUUCGUAUGUUUUCUAUCACCUAAAACUCAGAUUUUAUACUCCUGUCUGUACCCACGUUCUAUUUCUGACACAUACAAAUGACACUGGAAAUGGUAUUGAUUCUCUUUGAAAAUAAAGACAUUCCCGAUUUCCUAAGUUACUACA